AUAUAUUUUUUUCAGAUAAACUAGCGAUAUAAAACAAACAGGACAGCUGACUUCAGCGCCGUUGCCAUGGAAACCGUCGGGAACUUUUCAGAGGAAUUCUGGAACAAAGAGGUCGGGGACUUCAGCGGCUGGGAGAUCGUCAACCAGCGGAUCAAGGAAAGCAACAAAGUGACUACGCUUUAUAUCGGGUUCCUGAAGCAGGUGUCCUCGGCGAUGGAGGCCUUCGGGAAAUCGCUGCUGAGAGUCUCGCACAACUGCACGCUGCCGGACACGGAGCACGGACACCUACGAACCUCCCUGGAAAGGAUAAGGAAAUCGGUGGAGGUCUGGGGCCAGGACACGGUCGACGCCGCCGCCGCCAUCAACGAGCAGGCUGUCCAAGUGAGCACACACGCCACGCAGGCCAAGGAACUGCGCAAGAAGACGGAUGACGGCGUGAGACUGAAGCAGAAUCACCUGAAGGAUAACCUGAAAAAAUUGCACCAAGCCAAACGCCACGCGAAGAUGAAGAUGAAGGACCGCGUUGAGGCCGAAUUCCACCAGAUGGUGAUGGCCAACAAGAUCGAGACCAAACCCCGCGAGCUGGAGAAGUCAAUGCAAGGGACGCGGCGUGCAGCAGAGGCUCAGCAGGAAGCAGAGACUCAGUUUAGCGAAGCAGUAACGACGACGAACCAAUCCCUGGCGUCUUUUAGUGAUACGGCCGUCCUGUCUUUCACCACCAUGCAGAACAUCGAGGAGACCAGAGUGAAGCUGCUUCGGGAAUCCCUGUGGGCGGUCGCGAACAUCUGCUCCCUGCUCGCCGUCCAGCUGGAUGAGCAACAGGAGUGCCUCCGCGUGGACGUGCUCGCCGUGGACGUGUCUCGUGAGCUCUCGUCGUGGAUCCUGAAGCACAGGACGCUGCAGCCAUCGCCUCUCCCCAUCGUCUACGAGGCCACGCCCUACUCCCCGCCCUCGGGACUGAACACGCCCCUCUCCACGCCCCUCUCGUCGCCUGCGUCCUCCGCGCGGUCGACGCUGACGAAGGACGCGAAUGACAGCGAUUCCUCGAGCAACUGCGCCACGCCCACUUCUCUGUACGAAGCCAGAGCCAUGUUCGGAUUCUCUGCAAAGAGCGGCAGUGAAAUCUCCCUAGUCGAAGGCGAUGUCGUCAAAGUCAUGAACGAUUCGAACACCGACUGGUUUUUGGUGAGAAACAAACAUGGAAGCCAAGGUUUCGUCCCAGCCACCUUCGUCAAACCCAUUAAGCUCGAUUAAUGGAGGUAGAAAGUUCGACUCUAGCCUUUCUCUUCAGCGACACCACCAGGAAGUCGUCUCUGCACAGACUAACAUUAGGCUCAGAACACACGGACAGAAACGAAGCCGAAGGUUGGGUCACCAGCCGAGUUCGAACACAGCCAGCAC